AUGGCGCCACCACGAAAGAAGACUACGCUGGGGUUUCCGGUCUUUGCGGUAACCUGGACGCCAUCGAGGCAUCGCGUCGCGAUCGGUGGCGGCGGUGGACCGACGAAGGCGGGAGUCAAGAACGCGAUGAUUCUGUAUGAUGUCGACCCCAACACUCUCGACGUCAAGCCUGUGACGGAACAACUGUUUGGGAAAAAGGACGAUGGAUGUAUGAGUAUUGCUGUUCACCCAAAGGAGAAGGCUUUCAUAGCUGGAGUCAACUGCCCGGAGGAGCAAAUGAAGGCAGGCCAGAAUGAGAACUGUCGCGUGUUCUUCCUGAAAAACAAGGUAUUCACCGCCAAAGGAGCCCAUAAAACCUUGGACAGCACGGAUCCGUUCUUCCAUCAGAAAAUCUCUCGAUUCACUGAGGAUGGUAAACUCUUGGUGACAGGGAACACAGAUGGAAAGUUAAGCAUAUGGACAUGGCCAGACUUCAAGCCGGCAAUUCCGCCAAUUGACCAUAAAGGAGAGAUUGUAGAUGCAGAUUUCAGUCCUGAUGGCAAGCAGCUGGUGUCUGUCACAGCAAACAUCUGCUACGUAACAAAUGUCUCAAAUGCAAAGACCCUCUGGUCCAUCGAGAAACCCGUCAUGAAGAAAACGAUAAAGUCCGAGUUCCGCGCAUCGCGGUUCGGCGUGCGCGCAUCAGAAGGCUACCUGUUCCUCGUCAUCAACGCAAAAGACCGGAAGCGGGCAUUCAUUUGCAAGUGGCAAGUGAAAGGGUGGAAGCUGCAUAGGCAAAAAGCGAUCGGGUCGAAACCUGUUACUGCGUUUACGAUAAGCAAAACGGGGGAGUUGCUCGCAUUUGGAGCAGCAGAUCUGAGCGUGAAUGUGAUUUCGGCUAAAGGCUUGCAGACAAUAUACCGGAUACCAAAUGUCCACGAUUUCCCCCUGACCGCAUUAGAUUUCGACCCAACAGGACAGAUACUCGUCAGUGGAUCCGCCGACGGGACGGUCCACGUGGCCCUUGUGCCGCCAGCUUCAGGCAACCUGUACAUCAUCCCCAUCAUCCUCAUCCUUCUUUUCAUCACGGGCCUGCUGACGUAUCUGGCCAUGCUGGAAGAUGACAACGGCGAACUGUAA